AUGAAUUACGUCGUAUUUGAUUCGUAACUUAUUUAGAUGUCAAACUAUAUUAAAUUAUUGCUGGAACCUGACUGUGGUAUAGUUUCUCAAUACUCUUGUGUCGUUUAGAUAACAUAAGAUAAUUGCGAUAGCACAAGUUCAACAGUAUUAAAUAAAUAAACUGGAGAGAGUUCAUUAUUUUCAAAUUAUUGGAACGAAAUCUGGGAAGAAGGCUACACAAAGAGUUGUAGUUAAUGUUUCUAAGGAUUGCUGAAGUGCCAAAAUAAUUAAAUCUAUUCUAAAUUCUACAUUCCUUGGACAAAUGAUAUGAUAUAUGAUUGCUCAAUGACCUAUGAAUUAUUAGAUUAAGUUACUCAAAUUUCCCCUGACAGCAGUGUCUUUGCUGUAACUAAUAUGAAUUAAAUCUAAAUUUCAGUUUCAAGAGCUACCAUUCCUAAAAUUUAUACAAUAGUUGUAACUGCUUAUGCUCAUUCAACUGUUUCGAGCUUUGAAACAAUUAUUGUAUAAAUCACAGAUUUAUGUCCUUAAUCAUAAAUAAUGCCAAUGCCAAUGAGUGAGCAGAUUUAUUAAAUUGGUGAUCUGGUAAAAACUAUUUAAUUGACUCCCUGGACUACUUCUAUAACUUUUUGCAACGAUAUUACUUAUGAAGCUACCCUAAAUGGAAGUACAGUAUUGACUAGUUUUGCAACAUUUUUCCCUUCCUCUUAUUAGUUUAAAGUAUAAACUAAUUCUUUAACAGAUAUUGGGUAAUAUGAAUUUAAGAUUAAAGGAAAAUUGGAAAAUGGCAAUUCUGCUCAGAUAAGUUUACUCUUAUCAAUUAUUGUGUCUUGUACUUAAAACAUUGUUUCAAUUUAAGAUUUUGGUAUUGCUCCUAAUAUAAUAUAUAAUAUCACACAAGGGGAAGCAAUUCUUACCUUUAAUGAAUUCUCUGAUCUUAGUAACUAAAGAUGUGGUUAGAUGAUAUACAGUGCAACUUAUGAUUAUGGUUUGAAUUUCCCUUAUAUGGUGAAUAUGGUAAAAUUUGAUAGUGCAAAAAGACAAUUUACAAUUGAUAUAAGUGACACUAAUUUAAAUAAUACUUCAAUUUCGAUAAAAGUAGAAGCUUAAAUAGGCACAAAAACCGCUUAAAAAAUUUUUCAAUUAAGCUUUCAAUAUCUAUGCUAUGUUAAAGCAAUGGUUCCUUUCAUUGAUCAAGGUGUCAAUAUGUAUAAAAAAGAUUUAGUCAAGUACAGAAUUGGGAGUGGUAAAAUGAUUAUAAGUUUCGAUGAAUUCGUCAAGUAUUAAAAUUGUGUCUAUCCAAUAAUUUACACUCUUUCAAUUACAGGAUAAAAUAGCAAUCCUAAUUUUCUAUCAAGUUAAAACAUUAGUCAGAGGUAAAUUAUUACAUCAGAUGACAAAACAUACGCAUUAAACCCUGAUUAUGUAUUAAAGGUAACAGGGACAAUUAGUAACAUAAAUGAUACAAGGUCUGAGAAUCUUUAUAUCCCUCUAAAACUAAUUUAAAUUAAUAAUAGCCCACCAACCUUCUAGCAACCUUUAACGAAUAUACUAAUCAAGGUUGAUGACCAAUUAUAAUAUGUAUUCCCAGAUAUUAUAGACAUAGACGGAGAUAAUUUUCAAAUUGAAAGUAUUGAUUUAGGAGUUGCUUAAAAUUUUAUUGAUGACAGUUUUCCAAAUUUUUUGAUAAAGCCAUUCUCUCCAUUCAUUGGUACAUUCAAAAUUAAAAUUAAAAUAAAAGACGAUAAUCCAAAUCCUCUAACAAAAACCUAUUCUUUGUUAAUUUAAGUUUAUGAUAAUCCAGUCAAACCUUCAUCAGCAAAUUAAAAUUCUGAACCUACUACAAUAUCUUCAACUAAUACAAGCCUAGAAUAUCAAUUUUCCAAUAAUGAAUCAAUGAGUUACUCAGUAAGAUCAGAUUUAGAUUUAAAACUAAAGAAAAAGGGCAAAGUAUUGUCAGCCUCAAUUUAGAAGAUAUCUAUUAAUGGACUUGUUAAAAUUCAGUUCAAUUAAAAGAUUAAAGUGCCCUCAAAGUUUGAGUAAUUUGAUAAAAGAGUCCUCAACCUUAAAAUUUCUGACAUCAAUGAAGACAAAAACGAGGACAUCAAAUUUAAUUGGAAAAUAGUCUAGUUCCAAUAAAGCUACUUUCAAAUAUAGAUAAAUUUUGAUGACCCAAAACAGAUUUCUUCUAAAGUAAUCGAAAUGUAUUGUAAUAAAAAUUUAGACUGA